GCGCGAGCGCAGGUAGCUCAGUCACCGCCGUACCUGCGGGAGUGGGAGUUACUGUUUCUAGCUCAGGGGCUAUGAGGAGAGUCUGGAGAAACACUGAUGAGUCAGCCUGGAGACCGCAGCGUCCAUCUUCUCGCACACAGAGAGAGACGCACAUAUACACACGGACGCUGCAUGUAGUCGGGAGUGAGGGAAUAUGAGUCUGCUCGCUAGGAACAAGGAGCGCGGCUGGGGGGUCUCCCUGGACGCUGUGGAGAUAGCCACGGCCAGAAGCUCUUGGGACGAGCCCCGCUUCCUGAUCGGACUCAACCGUCGAAUCUCACGAUGGUUUGGUGGGGUCACGAGCUCGAUUCUUUACAAAUGCGUUGUCAAACCAGCGCAGGGCUGGUUUACGGAAUCCCCUCGGUUAUCCACGGCUUCCUCCGUCAGUGUCAAUGACCGAAGAUCCGCACCCUCAGUACUGGACUACCCCACCUCGCUCGGCUCUGCUUUCCAUGAUGGCCAGCGCCCAGCAAGCCUAGUGUCCACCGUCUCGUCAGGUUCAGGUUCAGGCUUGUCCCAGGACGGACGCAGCUCAGACUGCAGCAGCGCUGCCUUCGAGACCGCCACGGCGGUCGCUCAGGAAGGCGACCGCGACGUUGACUUGGAGCUGAGCCCAGCAGGGGGCGACGAGGAGCAGCAAUCGCAGCUUGGACUCAGGGCCGAACUGGGGCGGCUUGACCCUCUGCUUAAGACACAGCAGAAGAACAGUGAUAACGUCCUGGGCCGGGUCGACAGGACACGCCAGCGCCCCCUCUCACCAUUCGCAGCCAUGGCACCCAACCCCAAGCUCACCUACUUGGACCGCGUCGUCAUGGAGAUCCUGGAGACGGAGCGGAUGUAUGUCCGGGAUCUGCGAAGUAUCGUGGAGGACUACCUGGCCCACAUCAUCGACACGGGAGACCUACCCAUCCGACCCGAGCAGGUCUGCGCGCUCUUCGGGAACAUCGAGGACAUCUAUGAGUUCAACAGUGAGUUGCUGCAGUCUCUGGACCUGUGUGAGAACGACCCCGUGGCCAUUGCACGCUGCUUCGUACUCAAGAGCGAGUACUUCGAGAUCUACACCCAGUACUGCACCAACUACCCCAACUCUGUGGCUGCUCUGACAGACUGCAUGAGGAAUAAGACUCUGGCCAAGUUCUUCCGGGACCGGCAGGCCUCGCUCAAGCGCUCGUUACCGCUUGGCUCCUACCUGCUCAAGCCUGUUCAGAGGAUCCUCAAAUACCACCUGCUGCUGCAGGAGAUCGCCAAGCACUUUGACCCAGAGGAAGAAGGCUAUGACGUGGUGGAGGAGGCCAUCUACACCAUGACGGGCGUGGCCUGGUACAUCAACGACAUGAAGAGAAAACAUGAGCACGCCGUGCGCCUGCAGGAGGUCCAGUCACUGCUCAUUAACUGGAAGGGACCGGACCUAACCACCUACGGGGAGCUGGUGCUGGAGGGAACCUUCCGCGUCUACCGGGCAAAGAGCGAGAGGACGCUCUUCCUCUUUGACAAAAUGAUCCUCAUCACCAAAAAGAGAGGGGAGCAUUAUGUCUACAAAGCGCAUAUCUCGUGCUCCACCCUGAUGUUGAUCGAGAGCGCCAAGGACUGUCUGUGCUUCAGCGUCACCCACUACAAGCACCCGAAACAGCCCCACACGGUGCAGGCAAAAACCGUUGAAGAAAAGAAGCUCUGGGCCCAUCAUAUCAAGAGACUUAUUUUGGAAAAUCACCACGCCCUGAUCCCACAGAAGGCGAAAGAAGCUAUCUUGGAAAGGGACUCCAUAUACCUUCCAAAGUACCGGUAUAGCCCUGAGAGGGUAAAGAAGGCGCUCUCCAACCAAUCAGACGACUUUCCUGGCACUGGUCGUCAGGGGAGGAGGCAGUCAGAGCCUACGAAGCAGAUCACCAAGAUCGCCAAAGCCAUUCUCAAGCGCACAGACAGCGACGGGGCCCUGCAGGCCAACGCGUGGUUCGUGCGGCCCCGCGAUAGUGUCAGCACCCUUGGCUCCAGCCAAGGCGAGCCUGAGGAUGAGAGGCCUAGCGUGGAGGAGGAUGAGGAGGAUCCAGGUUUCAGGAAGGACGCUUACGAGCAGCCGAUGCCUAGUGACAGCGAGGAGGCUGGCCCAGGCAGGGGAGAGGGCGGGGCUGAGCAGGAGGCUGAGGGAGAGAGUGACAAGGACGAUGUCCUAAUGGAGGGGGACCAGGUAGCCGACUUUGCCAGCUCUAUGCUGGAGGCCAUCUCCUGCUGGCACUACAGGGCCAGGGCUUUGCUUUCCAUUGGGGUGCCAACGGAUGAAGAAGGGAAUGACAUAAUGGAAGAGAAUGGGGUUGACAGGGAGAGUGGCCAAUCAUCUGGUCAAGAGGAGACAUGUGACCCAAAGGAGGGCAGGACCCUCUCAGAGCAGGGGUCUGUAGAAGAGCCACUUCCACAAAGCAGCUGUCCACCUGGGUCCACAGAGAAGCUUGAGCAAGACCUUCCCUCAACAUUUGAAGCUGUAUCCAUGGCUGCCCCAAUCAUCAGUGCCCCUUCUGGCCUGGAGGAGUGUGAGCCAAAGGAGGACCAACUUGAUGACGGGGACAAGAGGAUGGAGAUGUCACCCGGUCCCCAACCGGCAGAGGCUAAAGCCCUGAGCAGCGAGGAGUCAUCGGCAACAGAAGAUGAGGAGGACGAGGAAGGGGAGGCAAACGCUUCAGGGUGCAAGCCUGGCAGUAUCCUACCCCCCUCUGUGCUGGAUCAGGCCAGUGUCAUUGCUAAGCACUUCACCAGCAGUGCCCGGCGGGGUAGCCAGAUUGACGAGGUGAGGUCCCUGGGCUGCCCUUCUCCCCGGCUGCCAAGUAGGCGUGGCAGCACCUUCAGUCUGGGUGCCGAAGCCCAGGAAAGGCCUCAGAGGCCUAACGUCACCUGCUUGGAUGACCCACCCAACCUGUUUGCCCCAGACCUUGCCUCGCUCUCUUCAGGCCCCGAUAGCCCCUUUGAACCAGAAAGGAGUGAAGCCCACCUGAGGCGGGACUCCACCCUCUCCCGGCAGGACCAGCUGCUCAUCGGCAAGAUAAAGAGCUAUUACGAGCAUGCUGAGCACCACGGCGCAAGCUUCACCAUCAAGCGGCGUGAGAGUCUGACCUACAUUCCUGCUGGCCUGGUCAGGAAUUCUGUCAGCCGGCUCAACAGCAUCCCCAAAGAUGAUGCCACCUGCCCAAAGAAGAGGGAUAGUCCAGACUUUGCCUCUGGUCCUGCCCCAGACCUCUUGUCUGACCCUAGUGACGACCCCACCUCCUGUACAGAGUUAGACCUCCCAGUCCUAGACAAAGACCAGAGGCCAGUGAAGCCUGCUUGUUCAGAAGCCAGUGGGGAUGAAGAAGAGUUCCGCCCUUCCUCUGAGAUGAUCCGGGUGUGGCAGGAAAUGGAGAAGGCACACGGAGGACCCCGGAAUCCCAGACAGGGUUUCAGAACCAAAGGCACCAGUCCCCAUCUACCAAGGAGGUUCUUGGUUACUCGUGGGAAACCGAUUGUAGAAUGCUCAAAGCCUUUGCUGACCUUCGAGGAGUCCAACCAAAGCAUAGAUAAUGAAGAGCCGGCCAAAGACCCCAAGCGCCAGGCUCUGGGUGCAGGACCAGGGGAGGAGAUCAGAGCCAAAAGGGCCCCCAUCCCCAAGGUUAUACACCUGGGUUCUGAAACGGCUGAAGAGCUGCUCCUGCAGGAUGCAGAGCAAGCUAAGAACAAAGUGUUCCAGUUAGCACGACAGUACAGUCAGAGGAUCAAGUUCAGCAAGCCCCUGGUGCGGCAGCGUAGCCAGGACACGGACAUCCUCACCAGCACCAAUGUGCACCUCCCUCCUGUGCAGGAGGAACGGUCAGAGAAGGAGAGCAAAGGUAAACCCAACCUCACACUGCCCUUAGCCGCAUACGACCAGGUGGUUCUGCGAGCGCUGGCCCUCCCUGCAAAGGUGAGGUCUCCCAGCCCCCCCAACACCCCAAGCUCGGUGGGGAGCCCCAGGGUCCCAUCGCCCAGCCGGUCGUCCUGCAGGAGUCCAACCAGCCCUGUCCAGUCCGAGAGCUUCAACUGGCCCGACGUGCGCGAGCUACGCUCCAUGUAUGCACAGCGGGGGCCUGAAGACACGCAGGAUGGCUCCGCCCCCGUCCCUGCAGGACGCAGCCGUUCCAUGCCAGAGAAGAUGGCCUCGGUCGAUUCUAGGAGGCGCUCCAGCUGCUCCUCUGGCUGUAAUGUCUGUCAAGAUGCAGGCACAAGCACCAGGGACCUCUCUGAGCCACGGGCCCCCAGGCCCCGUCGUCCGGGGGACCAUGAUGAGGGACGUGCACGGGUGUGCAGGGCAGGCUCCCUGGACCACCAGCAUAGCGGUCUGCAACUGAGCGACCUUCGUGACCUUCACAACUCGGAACUCGACACUCCUGGCUACUACGUCUCUGGGCACGCCCUCCUGCCCGACAAUCGCAAGGUCAUUGUUGUGGAGAGGGUCGCCGAGGCGACCCCGCUGGAGGAUGGGACAGAGCCACAGCGGGCAGAGGAAGGCAGUCGGCAGCUGGGGGCGGAGCCAGAAGGGGCUGAGGAUUCAGACGGGAAUUACGUGCAAAUCCGCUCCCCCACCUCCCGGGAGAAAAUAUCCAUCAUGGCCGUCAUUGAUCGCUGCAGGGCCUACCAGGAGUCCGAGGAGUACCGACAGAGGCAGGAGGGUGGGAUUAGGGCGGAGACAGCCACAAGGCAAGGGAAGGACAGAGAGCAAGAGCAGGCCCUGUCUCUCAGUGAACAGGCAAACAACACCCAGAGAAUCAAUGUCAGCUCUGGAAAAAAGACUGAUGGUGGGCAAAACAGUGUGGUAAAAAAUUUAAGGGAAAAGUUCCUGAACUUGAGAUCAAACACCUAAACUUUUAAAACGAAACUGAAAAGAGCAUUUAGGUACUCUUAUGUUAAUGUGAGGCAUUUAAGAAACUCUAAAAACUUGCAAUUAUCUUCCACCAAGGAAGAAACCUUUGGGGAAGUCUGUGAAAAAUUGCACCUUAAAUGAACAAAAGACAUUGUGAAGGUGACUCACUGAGGUUUCAAUGACUGUCUCUACUUAAUCAUAAAACAUGAUUUGGCAACUUCAUGAUGUGCCAAGACUUUCACACGUAUCACCUAUUACAUUCCUCUGUCUUUGUCACACCUAAAACACUGAAAAUACUCAGAGAAGAGUUCUUGUACUAUGUAAUUCCUUCAGAUUGGAUUGCCGCCAGUCUUUUAAUCCCUUAUCUUUCUGUGAACAAGUUGGUUGUAUUUGGCAAGUAUCCUAUGAAUUUUAAUGGAAGUAAAAUCUGUCGUUGUAUUUUAGAGCUUAGGGAAGGUGUCAUUUUGGCUCAUAUAUAGGCCACGAAGGUAUAUAUGUUCAUAUACAUCAUGCCCCUUCCCAGCUUUGUAUGCAUCUUCUUAAUAGUGUAAGAAAGUGACUAUCCAUUUUAGCUGAAGCCUGUGGCUUUUUCUCUUUUUUAGGAGGGGGGUGAAAAUGUUUUCCUUUCGCAUUUUCUUUUAGCUUAGUGAGGUUAAUAACUCACUGUGGCAGUGAGGUUAAUAACACAAGUAUCACAUUGCCCUGUGCCAAUAGGGCUGCUUACAUUAGCAUGCAGAGACAACCUGUAGUUUUAUCUCAACAUUUACACUUUAAUUAGUAUCACAUUAUUGUUAAACAGGGAAUGACCACUUGAAAGUACUCAACUAAUUCCAUGUCUGGUUAGGAGAAACUUACCCUUCCCCACCCCACUAUUCCCCAACACUGUUGAGUGACUGGGUGGAACAGCAAAAAUCACUCAUAUUCCCAGUGGUGAUUACAUCAUAAUGGGUCUCUCAGGGUUAAAUAUUUGCUUGAAUUUGCCCUCUGUUAGUAUUUCACACUUGGACACUAUGUUCGGUCGUAGUAGAUGAUGGAUGUAGAAAACGUUAUUACAUUCAAGAGUAGGUUAGGUAAGUUGUUCAGAAAAUGCGUUCUUUUUUCUGUUUAUCAAUUGAAUAUGAAAUUCAGAAUUCAUUUUUAAACCUGGCCAUUAAUCCAGCCAAAGCCUGUCAACCCAUAGUUUCUCCCUCAAACAUCCCAUUAACAAGAAAUCAAUGAAUAUGUGUUUACAAAAGAUGUACCAAAUGGUUUGAGAUCUUAGGUCGAGGCCACAAAAAGGAUUACAGCAGUCUCAGAGACAGAAAGACUCCCAUGUAAAGUACAGAAAUUACCCACAAUGACUUGCCUUUAACCCCUGCACUGUUAUUGUGUUAUUGUGCCAGUUCUGCAGUUUAAAACAGAAGUUUAUGCUAACUGUCUAAUGGGCUGUUCAGGCCCACUUUUGAGUACCCCUCCAUUUCACCAUUACCAAAUAAUGCAUUGUUUCCAUUUUUCCAUUUUUCCUGAAAAAAAAAGAAGUUAUUUCCUUACUCUGGGAUCUUUCUCACCUUCCUAUUUAUUAAGCUGGUGUAAAUUUGACAUACAAAAAUCUAUGUAUAUAAAUGUCUACAUGUAUACUGUCUUGUUGUCAGAAGCUUGCUGUACAGAAAUGUAAUUUAAUGUCGCAUGGAGCAGGCAUACAUUCCAUAUUAAAACAGCAGAUGUUUAGUGCUAGACAAUUAA